GACACAAACUAACUUCUUAUCGAGUCAUAAAAGAUUUGUUGCCAGAGAAACAAUGGUUUGAUUCCAGGUAUGGAAAGAGUGAAAGAAAAUGGAUGAGCGGACAAAAUUGACUACGACCAUGAUUCAGUAUCAGAGAAUAACCAAAGCAGUAGACAGAUGAUAUACUAUGAAGAACUCGAAGAUCCAUUAGCUUUAGAUUUUGCAACAAAACACAAAACAUAUGUUGACGAUUAUCAAAACAUAAUAAGAUAUGAUCAUUAAAACAAAAAUAAUGCCAUGUCUAUUUGAUAGUGAUCACUGAUCCGGUAUGGUGACACGUGGCUAGUUCUGGUUGGUUGAAUAACUAAUUAUUCUACGGUUACUUGACGCGUUUGUGUAUACAAAGUCGCUUUUAAAGCCCACAAAAGGCAUCAUCGUGUCCAUCCAUGUGAGUCGUGACAUGAUUCACUCGGUUUAAAUCAGCACUAAACCGGAUUAACUGUACCGGACCGAACCUCGUCUGUGAAUAGAAUUAAUUAAACACACUUCCCAUCAUCUCUAACCACCGACCGACUAUCAUAAAAAUUAGAAAUACAGAGACAGAUCUCUCAUCUUCACAAUUUCGUUUUAUUUUUUCUGUAUACAAAAGAAAAAACUAAAAAUCCAAGAGUGAGUUAAUGGCGUUAGCGAAUAACUUAACUAACGGCGAUACUGAACUUACUAGCGUUACUCUGUUCCACACCGAUCACGGCGUCAGGGAUAUGGCUUGCCUCAAAGCCCGACAACAAGUGUGUCAAUCUCCUCCGUUGGCCCGUCCUCCUCCUCGUCUCCACCUGCGGCUUCAUCGGCGCCUCCCAGUACAAGGAGACUCUACUGGCUGUUUACUUGUGCUGUAUGACCAUACUCAUCGGGCUUUUGCUGGUCGUUCUGACAUUCGCCUUCGUCGUGACCCGACCCGAUGGGUCUUAUCAAGUUCCGGGUCGAGCCGUCGAGGUUAUAGAGAGUAUAAGCUCCAAGGGUUCUCGAAUUGGUUGAGAGAGAACGUUGUGGAUUCUAAGAACUGGGGGAAGAUGAGGGCUUGUUUGGCUGUACAAACGUUUGUCCUAAGCUCAGUCAAACAAUUCAUCACCGCUGAUCAGUUCUUCUCUUCUUCUUCCAUCACUCCUCCGCUCCAGGAUCUCGCGCGAGAAGACCGAGUCAGGGACCAAAGGGUUUGGUGAGAAGAAUGUGAUCGGUGUUGGUGUAAAUGGGAAAGUGUAUGAAGGGUUGUUUCAAGGAGGAGCUGUAGGAGUACAAAGUUUAAAAUUAAACCAAUUAUGUACCGAAAUCCAUUUAGGUACAAAGUUUAAAAUUAAACCAAUUAUGUACCGAAAUCCAUUUAAUGGUUUAUUCUCUUUAAAUUGAACCAAUUGCGUACCGAAAUUUUAA